AUAUAUAUAUAUAUAUAUAUAUAUAUAUAUAUAUAUAUAUAUAUAUAUAUAUAUAUAUAUAUACUCGGUUUUCAAACAAAAAAAAUUUUAAUUGCUUCAGUUGCCAUACCAUAAUUCAGUUUUCGAACAAAGUUACUUCAUUUCAAAUACUACAAGACGUAGCAAAAGCUCCCAUUUAUUUACAAGACGUAGCAAAAGCUCCCAUUUAUUACUAAUUUAUAGUUUCUGUUAUUCCCAAAACACUCACACCAUGCACUUACACUCAAGCAUUCACACACAUACUCCACACACAGCCACACACAAGUACCCAAGCGCCCGUGGGCGCGCACAUGAGCUGUGAGAUGGUAGUAGAUGCAGGCAAAAGACCUUUGUGUACAUGAAAAAAAACUGCUACUGCUGACCCAGAUUUAUCCACAUGACCCCUUUUUAUGAAGGCCACAGUGGGCCUGGCACUAGGAAUAACAACCCUGUUGGGAAGUAAGGACAGACAAGGUAUCGCUGAUAAGGGGAGGUUGUGUGCUCAGCGACCUCCGUCUUCAGGAAGUCUCCCCUCAGCAUAGAAUGACAAAGACAAACGUGUAGAGUUCCGUCUUUUGACUCAGGGAAUGCGGACAAAGACAAACGUGUAGAGUUCCGUCUUUUGACUCAGGGAAUGCGGACGCUUGCGCUCACGGCAUGCCGGGAGAUGUUCCCCAUUGGCGUCUCCAUCACUGACCCCUCCGGCACCCUGGGGGGUGGUUGGGGUGUAUUACGGUACUGGACAGUGUGUAGCGAGCUUGUUUCACAUCUGCAGGUAGAAGCGUUCCAAGUGCUGCACCAGUGGACUGUGAAUGCAACAGUGCACCGGCCUGAGGGGUACAUGGGGCACUGUAUAACUCUACGGACUUUAAAUGCCACCAUUCAGCAACGAACCUCGACAGAGACCAGCGGUGACCAACCCAACCAGUCUAGCUGGUGAACUAGACCCACAACGCCUCUUCUGGUACCUCUGCCCAGGGAAGGCAGUGCAGUCGAUGGUGGCGGACGGCUUUCACGUCCUGGCCACCGCGGGAGCAACAUCAUCGAGGGAGAGGUACCAUAGUCUAGUCGGUGACCCAGAGCCACAACGCCCCUCCUGCAUGCCCCUGCCGGCACCUUUACCCAGGGAAGGCAGUGCAGUUGACAGUGGCGGGCACAUCAUCCACAUCCCAGACACCGUAGGAGCAAUGUCAUCAAGGGUGAUGUAAUCCAACUUAAGGCAUGACUGGGUGGGACAACAGGUGACCCUGCGGGACCCUGCUGUGCUGUGGGAACACAGGGAGGGUGCCCCUUCCAGCACAGCCAGGGGAAAUUACCAGCAGAGAAGUGAAGAAUGUACACGUGCUCAACCAGACACCUGAAGGUAGAGGUGUCAGGAGUAAAGACAUGCCAUGCCGAUCGGAUAGAAUGUAGGAUGGUGGUGGGGGACAGCAACCUCUAAGGAGUUGCCGGUCCCCUGUUACCCCACCGGUGAGGCAUAACAUUUUCUAUAAAUAUUUCCUUCAUUUUUAUAUAUUUAGAGGAGAGACACAAGGUAAGACAGGAAUUCAAUCUUUUGAAUUUGAAUCUUUGAAAUAGUUAAAUGUGAUCCCAUUGCGCAAGUUGAAGAACCUCGAUGUAAACAAACAAGGUUCGGCGCUCUCGAGGUUACUGUGGCUCUCUCUGCAAAACUGCAUACUCCCAGUAGCUUUUCCCAGCAGCAAGAUGUCUAAGUGUUAUGAUCACCUUUAUUUUGGCGAUACAAACAAGAGGCCUAGGUCAGGAGCAAUCUUGAGCUAGCUGUUCAUCAAGAUCAAGAUCAAUUUACUGCACUACAGCACCACUGCAUAAUGUAAAAUAAACAUCAUCCAGAUGUCAAAGUGGAUAGCAACAUGGAGUCACCAACAACAGCAGCUGGUGGAGCCUUUGUUCCAAUAACUGACUUUGGGAUAUCUAUUACUAAGAAAAAAUGGAGCAAUAGUGAUCCCUGCCAAAAGGAAAUGGACAAGUUACUCCUUUGCUUCAUUGCCGGCUCUCUCCAACCUCUUUCAAGGAUUGAGGAUCCUAACUUUCAAGCUCUUCUUAACAAGGCCCAGCCCAGCUACAGCAUCCCAAGCCACAAGGAGCUCAGCAGCAAGUUUCUUCCUUCACAAACUCAACAACUACAGGAACAUCUCAAUAAGAAAUUUCAUUCUGUUGAUUAUGUCUGUGUUACAGCUGACUCUUGGACAAAGAAAGAGAGAUGCGGUUGUACAUUGGGAUCACAUGUCAUUUUACUGAUAACUUCCAGCUCCAAUCAACAAUGUUGGCAUGCAGAAAAGAUUCAUGCCACAUUCACCGAAAUCAUCUCUAGCUUUAACCUAAAAACAAAGAUUUUGACAACUGUAACCGACAGUCCCAGCAAUAUGCUUAAAGCAUUUGUGACACUUCCCAGUCUGGACAAUGUGGACACUAAUCAAGACAGUGAAAGCAAAGAGGAGGAUGACACCUUUGACAUUCCUGAUAACAAUGAGAAGUUCCUGAUGCUAUUGCCUGAGCAUGUCAGAUAUUUUGUUCCUACUUUACAAAUUAGUGUGAAAGAUGGGCUCGAAGAAACAGGGCCUGUAUCAGGAGUCACUGGAAAAGCCUCACGUCUAGUAUCAUACAUUCGUCAUUCUGCACUGGCAUCUGACAUUAUCGAAGGUGGAUGCAGACCUCAGGCCAAAAAUGCAACCUGAUGGAACAGCAGUAACAAGAUGCUUUGUUCCCUUCUGAAUUCUGAUCCAGCCAAGCUUGAUCAGUUAAAUUGUUCAGUAGAGCUAACCAGAUAUGAACUUAAUCUCAUCAAGGAAAUAACAGACAUCUUGACACCAUUUGAAGUAGCAACUCUAGAGUGUCAGGGAGAGAAUAUAACAUCAAGCAAAGUAAUUCCAUGCAUUCGUGGAUUGAAAGCUGAGCUUGAAUAACUGUCACAGACAUACAAGUCAAAGAUGAUUACUACUCUCAAAAGCUCAAUCAAGAAAAGACUAAAGAUCUAUGAAGACAUGGAGAUGUUUCAGCUGGCUUCACUUCUAGAUCCACACUUUAAGAUGGACUGGUGCUCACCAGAAGAAGUCAUGUUCAUUAAAUCCCUACUGAAAUCUACAGUAGAUGAAAUUAUGCCUACUACCACUGGAGAAAAGGGGUUCCCUUCACAAAAAUAAGGAGGCCCCUACAAAGAAGUGCAAGCUGUUCAGAUUCAUGAUACCAUCAGCAUCAAAGAGCUCUUCCCUCUCUACAUUAACAUCAACUUUAUCACAAGUAGAAUCCUACCUGAGUCAGCCAAGAACAGAGGAUGACAGUGAUCCCCUUCUCAUCUGGGAAAAGAAUCAGCCAACAUUACCUCAACUAACUAUACUAGCUUGCUGAUAUCUGUGUAUCCCAGCAUCAUCAGCUCCAGUUGAGAGACAUUUCUCUAUUGCUGGGGAAUUCUUUCGUCCUGAACAAUGCAGAAUGACCGAUGUUCACUUUGAGGAGUUGAUGUUUAUCAAAUGUAACCAGCACAUUGUAAAUUAGACAUUACAUGAGAAAUAAUCUAGCCUAUGAGAAAUCAUGUGUAUAACAAGUUCUGUAUUUUUCAUAAAGAAAUACUGUUUUCAUUAUUGCUGUGAAAUCCAGUGAUCAUGAUUUGAAAUAAAUUUGAAAUAAAGUAAUGUACUAUUUACUGUAGAAAAAAAAACAAAUAAAACCUCUUACACACAAUGUAUGUUUUUAAUUAGUUAGUAAGUGAUUUAAAUGGUUAUAUUAUUGUGCUCAAAUAUGGAACAGUGCAUCUAAUAGAUGUAGUUUGCUACCUAUUUAGGCACUGUACUUAAUCAUUGCUAAUCAUUAUCUUUUUAUAAAUUAUCACAGCAAAAUGUGAUUAUAAUCAUAAUCUAAUCCUGAUCGUGCACAAAAAGAAAAAAAUAAUCAUAAUAAAAAAUAGCAAAACUAAAGUAAUCAUAAUUUAAUCACAAUAAAAAAAGUAUUCCAGACCAUAAUCAAAAUCAAAUCAUAAUCGUUUCUUAUAAUCAUGCCCAUGUUUGCUGGCCACCAGUCAAGGUACAUACUUCACAAUUCAGUAUAUGAUAGUUUAAGUAAUUCUAAGUAAAAAAUAUUCUACACACAUAUGCUAUGUUUUGGUGUAUUUUACAAGAAGUUAACAUGCAAGUUGUGUGUUGUGGAAGUUGCUUGUCUGGGUGGGCCUCUGCCUCCUACCCUCCCUCCCUCCCCCCUCAGCUUGCUACUCGUGUCUCAGUGCACCCUAAAGUGACAAUUUUUUGUGUACAAUCUAUGCAGUCAAAUCCUUACAGAAAAUCAUUAGCAAAUGACAGAUUUGUAUGUAUCAGUGAAGAAAAUGUGCAGGUAACACAGUAAUAAAGUAGUUGUUAAGUGUUACUUUUUAAACAAACAUGGCAACUCAUUGCAACUGUCACCCCUUUGAUACUUGACAUUUUAACAUCUAAGUGACAGGCCAUGUCAAUCAGUUGACUGCCAAAGCAGAUCUUUUUGUUAUGAUGAAAAUACUUUUUACGUUCAGUAACACUGAGUAUUUAGACAUGAUAUUCGUGUACCAAUUCUGUGAUGGGAAUGCCCAGGCUGCAGCAGCAGAACGCAGACACAGGUACCCAGACAGAAGACACCCAAAUAGCAAUUUUAUAGUGUCAGCAUCUCCGUGAGAGAGGAUGCUUCCCUGGCACAGAAUGUGUUUGAGCAGCUCAAAAUGGUAUCUUCCUGAUGACAAUACAAAGCUUGGUGAGUACAAUUUGUCAUUUGCUAAUCAUUUCCUGUAAGGAUUUGACUGCAUAGAUUGUAUACAAAAAAAAUUAUCACUUUAUGCCAUGUGGUGCCACUCGAGUAGUGAACCAAGGAAGAAGGGAGGGAGAGAAGCAGAGGCCCACACAGGUGAGUGGGUCCCACAACACACAGGUUACAUGUUAAUUUUUCACAAAAUAAAGCAAAGAACAGCAUAUGUGUAUAAAGUAUUUUCAACUUCGAAUUAUUUGAACUAUCAUAUCCUAAAGUAUAUACCUUGACUCACUGGACACACUGUAUAUUUGUCCACUUUCUUUUUAAAUAUGCAUACAAUGUCCACUCUAAUCACAUCUACACUAGAAUCAUUCCAGAUUUCUAAUAUAAUUCAAAGUGGGAAGUUAUGUUUCUUGGUGUCAUAAGAACACAUAUUCUUCAUGAUCUUAUUUAUGUGUCCUCUUGUACAUCUCUUUCCUUCGUCCAUUUGUACUACCAAAUCUUGUCUGUCUCCCUUUUUCAUGUGGUUUACAAGUCUGUACAUCGUUAUCAGUUCUUCUCUUUCUUUUCUCAUUCUGGUAGUGUUCGUAAGUCCAUUUCUUUCAGUCUCUCCUUACAGUUUAGAUCCUUCAAGCCUGGAUUUGUCUUUGUAGCUGUCUUGUAUUUUUCCAACUUCUUAUUUUUCUUCCUGUGGGAAGAUCAUACUACUGUUGUGUACUCAAACUUAGGACAUAUCAUAUUGUUAUUAUUUUCUUCAUCAUAUCCUUGUUGAAGUAACUAAAUACCACCCUCAUAUUUGUUAACAUCCUGUAUGGAUCCAAAUAUUGCACUUAUGUGCUUCUGGAGACAGAGUGCCCUUACUUUUCUUUAUCAUCUUUUCUCCUAUUUUAUAAUUCCAUGAAGGCCUCUACUGCUUUUUCCUAUUUCCAAUACGUGGAAUUUUUAGCAUCAAAUUCUAGUUUCUAUCUUUUGUUCUGUACAUAAAUCCUAUCAAUAUUCCUUUAUAAAUCAUUGCAAUCCUCUUGGCUCUAAUUAUUCUUAAAAAAUUUGUGUCUUCAGCAAGUAAGUAAUAUAACUACUCAAACCAGCUGUCAUAUUGUUAAUGUACUCGUAUAUUUGAAAUAUAUUGGGCACUAACACAGACCAUCUAGUGUCUCUUGUUAUUGUUCUCAUUUCUUUAACCUGCAGAUAGUCUUUCAUCCAACUCAGUAUUUCUCCCUUCAGCUCCCCUAUAUUUUUCAAAUUCCAUAAGUCUUUUGAGAGGAGCUUUAUCAAUUUUUUUUUUUUUUUUAACCAAAAUAUACAGCAUCAAUCCAUCUCUCUCUCUCUCUCUCUCUCUCUCUCUCUCUCUCUCUCUCUCUCUCUCUCUCUCUCUCUCUCUCUCUCUCUCUCUCUCUCUCUCUCUCUCUCUCUCUCUCUCUCUCUCUCUCUCUCUGUUGCAUUUCAUCUAUUACUCUUGUAUAAAAAGUCAAUGUGUUAGUGACACAAGGUAUCCUUUUCUGAAUCCAAAUUGUUUGUCUGUUAUUACAUUAUUGUCUUCCAGAUAUUUCAUCCAUCUAUCCAUAAUUACUAUUUUGCAGAGGUUCCCUAUAACACUAUGUAUUAAUUAGUGACACUGGCCUGUAGUUCACUGGUUCCAUUUUAUUUCCUCCUUUGUAUAUGGGCACUAAGUUAGAUCUUUUCCAUUCCCAUGACAUUUUUUUUCCUCUUUCAAUGAACAUUUGACUAUGUUUCAAAUUGAUUCCACUCUCAAUUGAUCUCAAUUUUCCUUUAUUAUCACCCUGAUACAUCAUUAGGUCCCAAUACUUUCUUGACAUCCUCCAGUAGUUUCUUGAUUUCUUGUCUCUACUUUUAUUUGCUGGAAUCACUCUUGCUGCUUUACUCACAUUGGUGCUAAAACUUAGUUUCCUCUGCAAAUACAGACUUGAAAUUCUCAUUCAUAAUUUCACUCCUCUCCUUGAUUGUUUUGUACAUCCUCUCUUCUUUUUAACUUAUUAAUACAAACCAUAUGUUUAAUUUUCCCAUUCGUGUACCUAUAGAAAAAUCUGGGUUUUCCUUGUAUCUUCCCAUAAUAUCAUUUUAAAAAUUCUCUUCUCUCUUCUUAUAUUAAGAUAUUAAUUUUUUGCUUUUUUAUACUCCACUCUGGUAUUUUCAUUCCACUGCUUCAUCCUCUUUCUUCAUGCUAUGUCCUUAUUCUUCUUGGCUUUUGCACAUUUAACAUUUUACCAACUACAUGGUGGACCAAAAAUAUGUUACUAUUAUAAGAUUCUUGUCAU